GGCGCGAGACGCGCCAAUUCCUCUCGCUUUUGCCGCAUCCUCCUCCGCCCCUUUUUCGGGUUACUUCCUCGCUCCCUACAACACACUCCAACGCGAUCCACACCCAAAAAGCGACGGCGCAGUGAAAAGGAAAAAGAGGAAAAAAAGAAAAGGAAAAGAAAAGCAAAGUAAGCCCCCGCAAGACGAAGACGAGAAAAAUUUUACUUAAAAUCCCUCUCCCCAAUUCUCCCGAUUCCCACCUCCAUCAAAAAAUCCCCCUUCCCCUUUCUCUCUCUCUCUUUCUUUCUCCUCGUUUUCCACUGCGCCUUCUAGGGUUUCGAUCGCCUCUCCUUCUCCUCCGAUCAUCUUCUCCGACUCCUCGCCGCUCUCGAUUUGUCGUCGUCGUCGGCGGCGGCGGCGGCGGCGGUGGUGUCGGCGGCGACGCUGCGAGAGGAGAGUAGGGGGGAAAUCGCGGCGGCGGUGACGGAGGCGGCGGCGGAGGCAAUGGGGAGGGGGAGCCGCUCGGCGUCGCACCAGGUGUUCAAGGACAAGGCGAAGAACCGCGUCGACGAUCUCCAGGGGAUGUUCUCCGACCUCCAAUCCGCGCGGCGCGAGAGCCGCGGGGCUGACGCCGCCGUGCUUGAGGAGCAGGUCCACCAGAUGCUCCGCGAGUGGAAGGCCGAGCUCAAUGAGGCCUCCCCCGCCGCCUCCUUGCUUGGGAACUCGCAGGAUCUGUUGCCGUCGGAGACGCUGCGGCUGCUGCAACUGAGCGAGGAGGAGGACGAUGCUACGAGCAAGUUGGCUGCGGGGGUCCCAAAGCCUGAGCCGGAGGAUGCUGCCCAACGCGACGUCGGGGUAGUGCAAGCGAAUGGAGGGACUGAUGUGUUCCAUGAGAAUUAUUAUGUGAAUCAAGAACUCCCAGACAAUGCAUUCUUAUACGCUGAUGAUUACAAAAGCAACCUCCACACAGAUUCAAACCCGAAUAUUAUGAACUGCUUUGAUGGCCCUUCCCAUUUGGAAUAUCAACAGUACAAUGUGCAUCAGGAACUGUCUCACAACCCAUACCUUGAUAUCAACACCUCUGAGCAGAACACUAGUGACGCGUUUCCCCACAUGUCUGACUUGCUUGCAACAAUUUGCCCUCCGCCUUCUGCGUUCUUGGGGCCGAAAUGUGCACUGUGGGACUGUCCAAGGCCUGCUCAAGGAUCAGAAUGGUGUCAAGAUUACUGCAUUAGCUUGCAUGCCACUCUGGCAUUGAAUGAAGGCCAUCCUGGCAUGGCACCGGUGAUCCGUCCUGGAGGUAUUGAUCUUAAGGAUGGUCCUCUUUUUGCCUCUCUUAUUGCAAAAACACGAGGGAAGAAUGUUGGUAUCCCUGUAUGUGAAGGGGCUGCAACUGCAAAGUCUCCAUGGAAUGCUCCUGAGCUUUUUGAUCUCUCUGUUCUCGAUGGCGAAACAAUAAGAGAGUGGCUUUUCUUUGACAAGCCAAGAAGGGCAUUCGAAAGUGGGAACAGAAAGCAAAGAUCACUGCCAGAUUACGGUGGCCGUGGCUGGCAUGAAUCGAGGAAGCAGUUAAUGAAGGAAUUCGGGGGCCUGAAGAGGUCAUACUAUAUGGACCCGCAACCGCUACCCCGCUUUGAGUGGCAUCUCUACGAGUACGAGAUCAACGACUGUGAUGCCUUCGCCUUGUACAGGCUGGAAUUUAAGCUUGUCGAUGCCAAGAAAAGUGCCAAAGCAAAACCUGCUAGUAGUUCACUCAACAAAGCAAAAACUAAUCAGAAGGAUGUUGGUGAAAGUACUCAUCCUGCUCCAAACCCAGUUAAUCAAGAAAACAUUUCGACUGCGUAUCAUGGACUGGACCAGAUUUCUCUAAAUGGAGAGAUUGUUUAUGGGCCAAGUCUCCCGUACGGCUAUUCCAUUGAGAGACUUCGCGAGUAUUAUGGGAAUACAUAAAACCUGCAGAUCUAAUGGAUCCGAUUCUCACGCAAUGUGACAAUAUAUUAGCUUCGAAGAAGAAAAGCGCGACUCCAUCCUUCUAAUUAUCUGACUUUGAGUCAGCCGAUGACUGUGAAUUUGAGGUCAUUUUUGUUCUCAAAUGCUAUAUAUAUAUAUAUAUCUACUUUGGUGGUAAGUUGCUAAUCGUAAUCGAUGUAUAGUGGCUUGACAGUAGAAUGUCCUUGGUGCUUAGCUUAAACCUGAUAAAAGAUGGUCACCAGGUGGGACACUGGAAACUGUGUAGACUGUUUGUUGGCAGUCGAACGCCUCUUUAGUUUUGUUUGGUCCAUCUGUAUAUGCUGUUCUAUUUGUUGCAAGGCUUGCGACGAAUCUAAAUGAAUAUAAUAAGUUCCAUCCCAAGCAGUGUCUGAAUUGUGGUUUGGAGAAUUUUGGUGCAUUUUCGGUAUGGUAUGAGUUUUACAGUCACUACAUUUCAUCACAUGUUGUAACAUUGUGAGGUUAAUCCACUCCUUUUUGGUA